AUGGGUUUUCGGCACCGAGAUUAUCCAGAUCAUGUCUGUCUACUAAAGAAGUCCCUAUACGGGCUUAAGCAAGCUCCUCGGGCGUGGUAUCAACGAUUUACAGACUUUGUUGUCUUUAAUGGGUUCAUCCAAAGCAGGUGUGACAACUCGCUAUUUUUAUAUCAUACAGGGGGUGACGUUGCCUACCUACUCAUUUAUGUGGACGACAUUAUUCUCACCAUUUCAUCUGACACUCUUCGCUCGCAUCUUAUCACUAGCCUCGCGGCUGAAUUUGCUAUGAAAGAUCUUGGGCCUCUCACCUACUUCUUGGGCAUUCAGGUUUCCCGGAAUGCUGACACAAUGUUUUUGUCUCAGCAAUCAUACGCCUUAGAUAUAGUUUCUCGCGCUGGCAUGUCCACGUGUAACUCGGUUGCAACUCCGGUGGAUACGAAGCCGAAGCUUAGUGCCGCUGCCAGCCCACCAUUUGCCGAUCCUACUCUUUACCGAAGUCUAGCUGGUGCUCUCCAGUAUCUUACAUUCACCAGACCCGACAUUAGCUAUGCCGUCCAACAGAUAUGUAUGCACAUGCAUGACCCUAAAACUGACCAUUGGAAUGCACUCAAACGUAUUAUCCGCUACAUCAAGGGAACCGCGGAUCAUGGCUUAACACUUUCGGCCUCUACGGAUCUUUCUCUACGAGCAUACACCGAUGCAGAUUGGGCAGGCUGCCCAGACACUCGUCGUUCCACCUCCGGUUACUGUGUAUACAUGGGGCCCAAUCUGUUAUCCUGGUCUUCUAAACGCCAAUCAACCAUCUCUCGUUCAAGUGCAGAGGCCGAAUAUCGGGCAGUUGCAAAUGUCGUUGCCGAGGUUUGUUGGAUACAUAACCUUCUUCUUGAGCUUCGCCGCCGGGUCAAGUCGGCUACUCUCAUCUACUGUGAUAACAUCAGUGCCAUUUAUUUGUCUGGUAACCCGGUACAGCACCAGCGCACCAAGCACAUUGAGUUGGAUAUCCAUUUUGUUCGUGAACAUGUUCAGCGCGGCACAGUUCGAAUUUUACACACUCCCACCAGGUUUCAAAUUGCUGACAUCUUCACCAAAGGCUUCCCACGUAUAUUAUUUGAAGAUUUUCGAUCCAGUCUCAACAUUCGGCCACCUCCCGUUUCGACUGCGGGGGUGUAA